CUAACAAUCAUGAUCACUGUAACCCCAAUACCUCAAAAUUCUUCCUUCAAACCUGCAAAUGCAAUUCUGUUUAGUCAAAAGUUUCAAUAUAUGGGCCCCUUUUUCAAUUUCCUUUUUCUUCAAUUCCCAUCUCCAAAAUUUCUAUUCAACCAUCAAAAUUAAACCAUAUAUUCAUACACCCAAAAUUUGUUAUCAUCCCACUUAAGACAAAUUUUCACAUAAUUUCAUCAAACUGUAUAAUAAUAUAUAUAUUUCUAUGGUUAUCAAACUCCAGCACUUCAAACACACUUGUUCAAAUUUAUAUAUUUUUCUCAACAUUCGCAACAAACAAGACGAAAGAAAAGAAUGGCUUCAAGGCAGCCAUUCCCACCAAAUCCAAGGCCUAAAACCAGCAUAAUUCUUCUUGCAAUCACAAUCUCUGCUUCCCUUAUAAUUCUGUCUGCAAUUCUGUAUUUUGUUUACUAUUUAUGGUACACUUUAGUUCACAGGUCAAGAACCAGCCCAUUUGAUGGAGCUUCGCCAUUGAAGCAGCUCCAAAGAUUCAGCUACAAAGAGCUCAAGAAUGCCACCAACAGCUUCAGCAGCUCCAACUGCAUAGGAAAAGGGGGUUCUUGCACUGUUUUCAGAGGAAUCUUGAGAGAUGGGAAAUUGGUAGCUGUGAAGCUUCUUGAUUCAGCCUCGUUUCAGUGUGAACACGAGUUUCAGAAUGAGUUAAAGAUUCUUGGUGGGCUAAAGUCCUGCCCUUUUGUUGUUUCUCUCUUGGGUUUUUGUGUGGAUGGAGAGAAGAGGCUGGUGGUGUAUGAAUACAUGCCUAACAGAAGUUUGCAAGAAUCAUUAUUUUCUGAACCAGACAACAUUAACUGUGGCGAUACGAGGUUGAGUUGGGGUAGGAGGUUUGGUAUAAUUCUUGAUGUUGCAAAGGCUUUAGCUUUCUUGCAUAAUGAAUGUGAGCCUGCUGUUAUUCAUGGUGAUGUGAAGCCAAGCAAUGUGUUGCUUGACACUGAGUUUAGAGCUAAGCUGUCCGAUUUCGGGUUGUCUAGGUUGAAGGUUGAGGAUGAGGGUGCGAUUGGUGUUGAUUUGUUCAGUCAGGAUCUGUGGAAGAGCCAAGAACUUUCUGGAAACUUGAAUGCUGGUGUGGGAGGAGGUGGAGAGAAUGAGAGUAGUCCUAAUGUAGGAACUCCUGUGGAGAGCCAUGAGAAUGAUGAGGUGGAUUUUGCAUUGGCUUUGCAAGCAUCUGCCUCUUCCAAGAGUAGUUGUAGGGUUUACCACAAUGUGAUGGGAUUAGCUUUGAAUUUCAACUUUAGCCCUGAUUGUGGGAGUGAGAAUAAGGGGGGUGGGGAUUUGAACUCGAAGGGGAAGGAGCUCUCAGCAAAUGAAAAUGGUGGGGUGGAGUGGAACAAAUUUGUGCCUUAUGAUGAUGAGUUGAGUAGUGUGGAUCAUAGUAAGGAGUUGAACUCGAAUGCUGCCAUCGCUGGUGAAGAUAACGGCAGCCGAGAAAGUGUGGGUGCUAAGCAAUGGGGGAAGGAUUGGUGGUGGAAGCAGGAUGGGAGUGGUGAGUUUUCUAGUAAGGACUAUGUUAUGGAGUGGAUUGGCAGCCAGAUCUGCCAUGAGAAUUCGACUGAUUGGGACGAGGAGAAGGGGGCAGUCGAACAGAAACCUAGCUUGGAUCGUGCUAGCCACUUGGAUAAGUGCGAGGAAGUGAAUGAGAAUCCUGUUCAAGAACCUGCAUUCGAAUGUGGCGUUGAGAAGGAGGAUUCCAAGAGGUGGAGGGCUCGCGGUAGGAAGCAUAGGAAGAUGCAUGAAUGGUGGAAAGAGGAGCAAAUGGAUGAGAUUAAGAAGGCGAAUAGGCUUCGAGUGUGGAGAAGGGGAAGGUUCAAAGUGGUACAUUUGAGAUUAGGGAAAUGCUUCAUGUUCAAAAAUAGGAGAAACUUGAGGAAUGGAGAUGACCAUCAUCACAAUGCAGAUGAUCAGAACAUGGAGUUUAGCUUCAGAAAAGGGUGGAGACCGCGUUCCAUGGGGAGUGAGGAUCUUUUCAGCCGGGAGUUGAGCAGCACGACGAGCAUGAGGGGCACGUUGUGCUAUGUGGCGCCAGAGUACAACGGCUAUGGCUAUCUGAUGGAGAAGGCUGACAUCUACAGCUUGGGAGUGUUGAUCCUUGUGAUAGUCUCCGGGAGGAGGCCGUUGCACGUGCUGUCCUCGCCUAUGAAGCUCGAGAAGGCCAACCUCAUCAGCUGGUGCAGGAGCUUGGCUCACUCUGGGAACACACUAGAGCUUGUUGAUCAAAGGCUCAGAGAUGAGUACAGCAAGGAACAGGCCACUUUGUGCAUAAGUUUAGCCCUUGCUUGCCUGCAGAAAAUGCCCGAGCUGAGGCCCGAUAUUGCCGACAUUGUCAAGAUUUUGAAAGGCGAAAUGGAACUCCCUUCGUUGCCAUUCGAGUUCUCGCCUUCCCCGCCUCCCAAGCUCCACAGCCGGUCAAGACGAAGACUCAGGAGCAGCGCGGAUUAGCUUUCUCGUUUUGUAGGAUCGGAUCAGGAAAAGAAUGGUUCAAUAUUGUGAUCAAAUGUUGUAUAUAAUCAUGGAUUGAUGUGAUCAAGUUUGGAGCUUUGUUAUGUACAUUUUAGGGGAUUAAUCAGAUUCUUUCUUACUCAA